AAGACCAAGAGUAGGUAGGUAGGUAGGUAGGUACUGCUGCGGAAAAAGAGCUAGGCUAGGAUUUCGAAGCAGUCUAUUUUCAUCCAUGUUGUUUUCAUUGUCAGAUGAUUACCACCUCCAUUACUACUACUACUAUUACUACCACUACUACUGCCCCCACUACCAUCAUUAUUAUCACUACUAUUACACUACGGACGAGGGGACGAAGUGUUUUGUUUUUGUUUUGCGUUUGCAUUCCUUCACUUAAAGAAAGAAAGAAAGAAAGAGCUAGGCCCACCCGCCAGACAGACAAACAAGCAGACAAGCAACCGAGCAAGCACCACCGCCUCCUCUCACCUCCUUCCACCUCCCUCUUCUAACCAACCCAACCCGCAUGCAAACCUCUACUUACUCUACCUACCAAACAACCAACAAACCAACAAACCAGCCAACCCC